AUGAAGGCUUCCGUCCUUACAGUACAUUCCAGCCAAAAGAUCUGUAUGUUAGCAGUUUCAUUUUCAGUUUGGGAAGGCCUGGGCCAGAGGACAGUGUCCGGCCUGCUGGGCGGGGAGGCGGUGCUGGGGAACCAUCACUCGGAUCACCCUUGCCUGCGGUUUGGAGGCCAGUGGGUGCUGAGCGCCUCCCUGAGCCCUCACCGUCUCCUUGUUUCUUCAGCCCGAGCAGAUUCAGUCAUACUUUUACGGGUUAAAUCCAAUCCGAAAGCACUUUUGUGGGCACUGAUUGCUCAGGCUUAUGCGUCACUGCUUGAGUGUGAAGGAAGAGGGGAUACAGGCUUUAGACAGGCAUAUACACAAAAAAACAGCUGCAGGUUGAGCUUAAAAUAACCCCCCGUCUCCAAAGAAGAGACCCAAGUCCACAACACACUGAUUUCGGGGCUGCCAAGCAGGACGAGCAGCCGCAGGGCUGGAGAGAAGUGCCAGUCGGCCUGCAGGAUGCUGCCGCCCCUCUGCCUGCUGCUGCUGCUGCCGCUGCCCUCGGGGGCCACCGCUGCCCUUCCCCUGGAGGGCGGCCUCGCCGGCCAUGACAGUGGGCAUAUGCAGGAAGUGGCAGAAAUACAGAAAAACAGCCUGUUGACUUUCCUUGCGUGGUGGUAUGAGUGGGCCUCCCAGGCCAGGGCGGUGUCCUUUGUAGGAGGGGAAGCCAGGGAGGUGUCCAAACGGCAGGAAGUCCUGCCCCUCCAACAGUCCACUCGCCGAGAUAAAACGCCCUGCAAGAAUUUCUUCUGGAAGACCUUCUCCUCCUGCAAAUAAAACCCCACCCAUAAUUACUCAUGCAAAGAAG